AAAUAGAAUUUGUCACAUACUCAUUUCUAUCCCAGGUCGAAUCCAGAAACCAAUAAUGAUACACAAGCAACGCACUCGUAGACCACGCAAUUUCGGGUUAUACAAGUAUUUCAUUUAUUGGCCAAAGUAGGAAUAAGUUCACUCGGUUGAUUGCUACUUCUUCUUAAAAUGAAGUUUUGAGGGCAUUUGCUUGUAUUAUUCUAUGAUUUCACCACGAAUACAAUCUGCAUCGAUGGCGAAACUUGGAAAGGUAGCCGGCGCUUUAGAAACUCCAUCUAGUUGGUGUGUACCACAGACAGAUGGGAUCAUGAAGCCCAGUCACGUCAGCAGUAACUAUCGAUCACUGCGCAAAUGAAAGCGUUAUAAUAACCGUGGAUUAUCCUCUUUCAGGUAACGGCCGACAGGUAUUCUGCUAUUCAGUUCCCUUCCGUGGCUCCUUGAGGAAACAGCGUAAAUAACGGGGGCGGCAAGAAAUAUGUACACAAAAGGUCCAUCUCAGCAAUAUAAACGCAUAUUGAAUUCAAAUUUCUGCUCUAGGAGGGUAACCGUUGGUGUCGGCCACGAACGAUUUGUAAUCCAGCAUUCGUAUAGGAUAGAUUGUUAAGGCAACAAUACGACCUGUUCCGUUACUCGUGACGCGGUGAACACAACAGCCAUAAACGAGACAACACUGAGCAGUCUAAUGAAAUGAUGACCCUUUUCCGUUUCUAUUAGAAAUAUCAACAACAAGUUUCAUCUACGGCCAGCGACCAAGAUGAAGUGGGUAUUCCUUUUAGGCUUCGUGGCCUCUGCGAGGGCAGCCAUUACGCAGGAGCAGAUCUACGAUGCUGAAUUUCAACAUUUCAAAGAACGAUAUGGAAAAACCUAUGGAAGCAAGGCAGUUGAAGCGAAACGUAGAGAAAUUUACAUCGAUAAUUCGCGUAUGAUUGUGGCUCAUAACGCUCGCUAUGAUCGGUCGGAGGUCAGCUACCGUCUAAAAAUGAAUCAAUUUGGAGAUAUGCCACAUGACGAAUUUCUUGCUAUGUUUGGCAGAUACGUGCAAAUCAAUAAUACGCAUUUAGGAUCGACAUGGAUCGAACCGAAGUUCGUCGAGAUGCCUGACUCCGUAGACUGGCGCGAGAGGGGAGCCGUUACCCGCGUUAAAAAUCAGGGGAGCUGCGGAUCAUCUUGGGCGUUUGCGGCCACUGGAGCCGUCGAGGGCCAAAUGUUCCGAAAGACCGGCAAACUCAUCUCGCUUUCGGAACAAAGCCUAAUCGAUUGCUCGAAACGGUACGGGAACUACGGCUGUGAUGGUGGAAACAUCGAUGAGGCGUUCGAGACGAUCAGAGAAACUCCCGGAAUAGUCACCGAAGACAAGUACCCCUACCAGGCCAAGGAAAGUAGAUGCCGUUUCAGGCCGCAAUAUAAAGGAGCCGAUGUCACCGGCUAUGUAAACAUUCCGCCAGGAAACGAACACGCCCUUACUAAGGCCGUGGCCACUUACGGACCUAUCGCCGUGUCGCUUGACAUCGACGGUCACUUCAAAUUCUACCAGGACGGUGUCUACAGUCCGACGGAAUGCAGUUCGAAAAAGCUGAGUCACGCCAUGCUUGUUGUCGGUUACGGUCAGACCGAUGAUCGACCAAGGAUUAACUACUACAUUGUAAAGAACUCUUGGGGCAAAACCUGGGGCAAGGAAGGCUACGUUUUCAUAGCAAGGAACGCUAACAACAAGUGUGGCAUUGCCUCUGAGGCAUCGUUUCCCCUCAUUUAGCCCAACAGCUCGUCUAGGUCAAUAUAAGGCUGGAUUUUGUUUUUCAUGCCAAGUUGAAAACGACCACGAAAGCAGACGAAAUCGAUCAAUGGGGUAGACAACAAAAAUAUGUGGCGUUCAGUCUUGAAAUAGAUUGCCUAAGACGGCAGGCAAAGAAACUAGGAAUUAAUCAAGUUUAGAAAUUUGUUAUUUCUUUGAAAUUGACUCACUCAUUCGGGUGACAUCUGUUUGCAGUACAACGCGUUCUCCGCAGAUGUUGGAACUUCAAUGUCAGAAAUUUUGUAUAUAGCUAUUUAUUUGGCAGCAUAAUAAUAUGGAAAGGAGUGCGGUGACUGUAAACGAGAUAAUAAAAAUGUAUUUAUUCAUUAAGCCUGACCACCAGUCAAUGUAGUUAGGAUUACUCCAUAGUCAAGGUACCUGCGACUGUAAUAGUCAAUAUGUUGCACUGAGUUGCACGUGAGUAUCUUUAUAUCAUCUAUAUAAAAUGUACUAUUUACAAUUAAGCAUACAGACCUAAUAAUGCUCUUAGACAUUACCUUAGACGGCUAGCUUUUGCCGGCCUAAGUAAUGCAUCUAGGCCUAGGUUCGAUUAUGGACCACAACGUGAUUACAUUGGCAGGCACAUGCCAUGUCAUGAGGGUACACAAUAAUAAUAAGUAUAGUAAUUUAUUAACAAAUUAGCAAGUAUAAUUGGUGCUAGAAAAUAUAAACCGUUAAUUGGUAAAAAAAAAAAAAAGAUUAAAAACUGUAACAUUUUUUCUUCUAUAUGGGCGGUAUCUUUGACACCUACAUGUUCAGUAACAAGGUUUGACUGAAAUUGCCGAUUCAGACUCAACGACAUGACGUGUAUGUCGUGCGAAUGUUUCGGCUGAAACGCAUUCCGAGAUAGGAGAAUAACCAAUACAAGGUCACUUGUAUUCUGAUUUCUGCUCCGGACGCCCCGAUGCAGGCUAGCCUUUCAUACGGACUUCAAUAUAAUGAUAUA